UUCCCGAGCCGUUUUGCCUGAUGGAUUGAGGUCGUGCUCCGGUCCGGAUUUUGCAGGCGGCCUGUCUGACUUUCGCUUUGAGAGAGCGGGGCUGCGCGUUUCGCUUCGGCUCAUUGUGCGCUGCCGUUUUGUUUGUUGUCCGUGGGGCGUGCAUCUCGGCCGGGGCAUUGUUGUGCCUUCCAGAAAAGGGGAAGGAAUUGCAUUUUUUUUUCUUCCCCCCCCGAUAUAAUCGUUAUUUCAUUAGAAAAGGAGGCAUAUUUGGGAAAGUGGUACAACAAUGUCUAUAAACGUGGAGUCUGGAUUUUCGAGUGAGGAGGUGCUGAAUGCCCACUUUCCUCUCCACCGGGCGUGCAGAGACGGGGAUGUCGGCGCCCUGUGUUCGCUGCUUCAGUGCACCGCAAACCAGGCGGAUCUCAUCGCGGAAGACUCUUUUUAUGGCUGGACACCCAUUCACUGGGCGGCUCAUUUCGGAAAGCUGGAGUGUGUGAUACGUCUGGUGCAAGUGGGCAGUGGUGUGAAUUCGGUGACCACAAGGUUUGCCCAGACACCCACCCACAUCGCUGCCUUCGGAGGUCAUCCGGAUUGUGUGCUGUGGUUGCUGCAAGCUGGAGCUGACAUCAACAGACAGGACUAUGUGGGUGAGACCCCGAUCCACAAGGCAGCCCGGGCUGGCAGCAUGGAGUGCAUAAAGACUCUUUUGAUGCAAGGAGCCAGAGCCGACUUAAGAAACGCCAGUGGGCUCACCGCAGCAGACCUGGCCCAAGCCCAGGGCUUCCAGGAGUGUGCUCAGCUCCUCUCUAACAUGCAGAACCACCUCAAUGAAUUCUGUCCUAAUGGGGCUCCUAAUGGCCUCCGUCCACAAAUCCAAGCACCAAGCCUCUUCAAUGGGGCACCAAAUAGAAAGAGGUCUCUUGAUUGCAUGGAGUCCAAUCACAUCAAGAAGGCCAGAACUGAUGGCUUGGACUCUCCCAUGAAGCUUUUCAGCAGUGUUGAGGAGGAGCUGGAGAGUAUGCACACAGAAUCAUCCACAGCACUCAGUUCAGGUGACCCUUUAGUAAUAGGUUUGAGGAACUGUCAUACGCCACAGAAGACUUUGCUGACCAACGGAUUUUCAGCUAAUAAACCAUGCUCUCAAGCACACACCAAUGGAGGCGAAUCCGUGCUGAAUAAUGGCUUCUCGACCAAUUGGGAAGCGACAGUGGCCAACUCUGUUGAGAAUGGAUCCGCUAUGGGGUUUUCUGAGCAGGGUCCAGAGGCCAGGGGCAGUGACCCCCAGUCUGACAUGUGUGGUUCCCUGCAUCUUGGUGACAGUCCCAGUGGCUGUGUCACCCAGAGGCCUUUCGAGCAGGCAGACCUGAGGGAUAGUUUGCACUAUGGACAUUACCAUGGGUUUGGGGACACUGCUGAGAACAUUGAUGAGGUCAGCAGCCAGUUAGAACACAACACAUCUGUGAAGGCUGAACAACAGUAUAAGCACACAGUCUUGAGCACCAUGCACCUGUUUCAUGGCUCCUAAAGUGGAUUCUGUUCAUUUUUCUGUCCAUCACACUGUAGUGCCAGGUCCACCUUUACUAAUCCAAACAGUUUUUGGUAGUUUGCAGUUGUGAAAUGUUUUUCAUUGACUGUUCACUCGGCACACCACUUGAUGAGGAAAAAAAACACAUUAAAGGGAAGCGCUUGUUUGAAACUGCAGUCCUUAUUGUAAUACAGUGAAUUUGUAUUCCAUGUGCUACUUGAUGCUGUUUUCUGAUUUUGAACCUGUUACAAGUGUUUUUUGUUUUUCACUAUACAUUUCUAAUGUUUAUAAUUGCUGGGAGAAUUUAAUUUGCUUUUCAUAAGAAGUGACCAGAUGGUCUUUAAAAGUGAUACGUAUGGCUGUACAGAAGUAGUAUCUGUUAACAUGGCAUCAGCUAUUUUUUUUUUUGCUAAAAGAAUCAGUUUUUCAGAUAUUUGUUUGCUUAGCAUUCAAAUGAACAUAGAAAACAGUUUGCUUGGUUUUGUUACCUUUCAUAUAAUUUCUGUAUUUUUCCGGCUGAAAAUAAACCAGAAGGUUGAAAAAUGCA